AUGUCUGAAAACAAAAAUAACAUUAGAGUAGUGUGUCGUUUUCGUCCACAAAAUUCUCGUGAAAUAAGGGAAGGUGGUGUUCCCAUUAUAUCAUAUGAUGAUAAUGGAGAAACAUGUCGUAUGGAGGGUAAAGAAUUUCAAGGAAAUUUCACAUUCGAUUGUAUCUUUCCACCAGAAACUCAACAAAAAGUAGUAUUUGAUGAAUCCAUAAAACCUAUUGUUGAUGGCACAUGUAAUUUCUGGUUAUAA